AUGAGUAGAAGUUCACCAAGUGGGAAAGGAUCCUCUAGGAUGGCCGAGCCUCGAUUUAACAACCCCUACUUCUGGCCCCCUCCUCCCACCAUGCCCAGCCAGCUGGACAACCUGGUCCUGAUUAACAAGAUCAAGGAGCAGCUGAUGGCGGAGAAGAUCCGGCCGCCUCACCUGCCGCCCACGUCGGCCUCGUCGCAGCAGCCGCUGCUCGUGCCACCGGCGCCGGCCGAGAGCAGCCAAGCGGUCAUGUCGCUGCCCAAGCUGCAGCAGGUGCCGGGCCUGCACCCGCAGGCCGUGCCGCAGCCCGACGUGGCGCUGCACGCGCGGCCGGCCACCAGCACGGUCACAGGUCUGGGAAUCUCCUCCCGGACCCCGGCUGUGAGCACGUCGGAGUCGAGCGCCGGCACGGGUACCAGCAGCCCGUCCACACCCACCACCACCAGCCAGAGCCGCCUCAUCGCCUCGUCCCCCACCCUCAUCUCAGGGAUCACCAGCCCCCCCCUCCUGGACUCCAUCAAGACAAUCCAGGGCCACGGCCUGCUUGGCCCCCCCAAGUCCGAGCGCGGCCGGAAAAAGAUCAAGGCGGAGAACCCAGGGGGGCCGCCUGUCCUCGUAGUCCCCUACCCCAUCCUGGCCUCGGGCGAGACUGCCAAGGAGGGCAAGACAUACAGGUGUAAGGUAUGCCCGCUGACCUUUUUCACCAAGUCCGAGAUGCAGAUCCACUCCAAGUCGCACACAGAGGCCAAGCCCCACAAGUGCCCGCACUGCUCCAAGUCCUUUGCCAACGCCUCCUACCUGGCCCAGCACCUGCGCAUCCACCUAGGCGUCAAGCCCUACCACUGCUCCUACUGUGAUAAGUCCUUCCGACAGCUCUCCCACCUCCAACAGCACACCAGAAUCCACACAGGCGACAGACCCUACAAGUGCCCACAUCCUGGCUGCGAAAAGGCUUUCACUCAGCUCUCCAACCUCCAGUCUCACCAGCGCCAGCACAAUAAGGACAAGCCCUACAAGUGUCCCAACUGCUACCGGGCCUACUCGGACUCCGCCUCCCUGCAGAUCCACCUCUCGGCCCACGCCAUCAAGCACGCCAAGGCCUACUGCUGCAGCAUGUGUGGGCGGGCCUACACCUCGGAGACCUACCUGAUGAAGCACAUGUCCAAACACACGGUGGUGGAGCACCUGGUGAGCCAUCACUCGCCCCAGAGGACGGAGUCCCCCAGCAUCCCGGUGCGAAUUUCCCUCAUCUGA